CGUGGCCGGCGGCAGUAGAUUCGUGUUCGCUAACAGUGGCAGGUGGCACGCUGCCCCACACCACCACCAACUUGCGCUCGCGAUAUCAUCCCUUGUACACAACACUUGUGACCCACGUUUGUGUUAACUUCAACAACUGAUAAGUUUAAGACAAGUUUAAGUUAAAACAUUGGAAAAUGUGAACUUUAAUAAAAGUGUUGUGAAGUGUUCUUAGAAAUACCGGCUCCGUCAGUCAUGUCGUCAAGUACGAUUUAAGUGCAAAAAUUACCUUGCUUUAAAACUUACGAUGUCCACAAAUACUGAAUGUUAGUGUUCACCUCGACCUGUCUGCUGCACAACUUUGGACUUAGUUACUAGAGUCGCAUAGCGGCUGGCAGCCCGGUGCGGCGGCUGCGGCGCCAGGAUGAUGGACUGCCUGUGCCCCGCGCCGCGCACGCUGGCUUGUCGCGUGGUGCUGCUCGACGAACGAGAACUCCUGCAUGAAAUACAGGAUAACAACACCGGCCAAGCGUUACUAGACGUAGUGUUUCGCCACUUGGAUCUCCUAGAAACAGCUUAUUUUGGUCUCCGCUACGUAGACCAAGAUAAUCAAACGCAUUGGCUGGACGCCGGCAAGAGAUUGCGUCGUCAGCUUCGAGGCUCCGAUCCCCAUACUUUCUACUUCGGAGUGAAAUUCUACGCGGCAGACCCAUGCAAGCUCCUAGAAGAGAUUACCAGGUACCAGUUGUUCUUGCAACUGAAGCAAGACGUGCUGCGUGGUCGGCUGCCUGUCAACUUCGACCUCGCCGCUGAGCUCGCCGCAUAUGUGCUGCAAUCGGAGCUGGGCGACUACGACCCGAGGCGACACGGGCUCGGCUACGUGUCUGAGUUCCGCUUGUUGGCGCACCAGACUCCGGAGCUCGAGGCGCGCGCCGCUGAAAUACAUCGCACACUCACGGGAAUUUCACCGGCACAAGCAGAAUUGAGCUACUUGGAUAAAGUGAAAUGGCUUGACAUGUAUGGUGUGGAUUUGCAUCCAGUUUUGGGUGAAGACAGUGUGGAGUAUUUCCUCGGGCUGGCGCCAAGCGGUCUUUUACUGUUACGCGGAAAACACACAGUUGCAAACUAUUAUUGGCCGCGCGUCUCCAAACUUUAUUACAAGGGACGCUACUUCAUGCUUCGCGUAGCAGAUAAGAAUAAUGACACAUCAACCUACGGCUUCGAGUCCCCGACGAGAUCAGCCUGCCGUCACCUCUGGCGUUGCUGUUCAGACCACCACACGUUCUUCCGAAUGCAGCAGACGUCACCAGCAUCAGCAGAUAUCUUCUCAUUAGGAACCAGACUGAGAACUAGUGGCAGAGGAUCAAGGCCCCGUCCUCCGCCCGCGUUCACGCGGACCCCAUCCCGUCGUAUCGCGCGACCGCAACACGCUUCGCACGCAUCGCUUAAUGAUGUGCCAAAACUAGAAGACUUGAGAAUAAAAGACUGUCCCCCAGAAAUCAAACAACCUACCUCAGUACAUCGGCCAAACUCGCUUCGAAUCAGUGGCGAAGUGUUGGGUGUCGAAGUUCCCGCGGUGGGAGGAUCCCCAAGAUCCACUCGGUCUGCUCCAACCAGACGUGGUCUCUACUCCGCAUCACCUACUGCCACCAGACCACCACCGGCUCCAAGACAUCGAUCAGCAUCAGUUGAUUCACAGAGCUCCAAUGAUUCACGUUCCAAUCGCAAACAUAAACAUCGUUCACGAAGACAGCAAUCAGACGCUGAAAGUGAACUAUCUCGAGGCUCAGGCCGGUCAGGACGACGACACCGACGUCAUCGGUCCAGACAUAAGCACGAGUCCGGCUCCGAGAGGGAUGACUCACAGCCAGAUACCAAAGAAUACGAACUGGUUGAUUCGGAAUCGCAAUGGAAGGAAGUCCUACGACAAACCACUGUCGGCAGCGGAGUUCAAGUCGCAAACGUUCGUCGUUCACAAAUGGAGCCAGAGACUGGGACACAUCGAUCAUCGCACCGACACCGGCGACAUAGAAAACAUCGGUCUCGGUCGGGCUCCCCCAACGACAAGAAAUGGUUGCCAAGUGAGUUGAAACAACACUUGGAGUUCUCAUUAGUAGACACAACCGGUAUGACCGAGGAACAACUGAAGGAAAUACCGUACACCGUUGUUCAGACCAGCCACGCGCGGCAGACUAAGCUUCGAACUUCUUCAAAGCAUCGACAAGCUGAACAUGGAUCAUUAGCAAGACGAGAUAAAAGUUCGUCAUCUCAUGGCAAAAAUAUCCAUGAUAGUCAUAACCAGGGAUCCCUUCGAUCUAGCUCUAGCACACUCAGCACGCACCGGACCGGCCACGAGAAACAUGGAAGACGUGUUUAUCCGAGCUACGAUGAACCCGUGGGGAGGACGGGCGAUGAUUUCUUGACAAAUAACGGAUACAAAGGCAAUGUGACGCCGAUCUCGAACAACAACAACCCCUACAGCCCCGUUACCAACAGCAACAGUAACAGCUCAAGCGGUGAGCUGAUUGGCAGUGCGCGUGUCUCACACGAACACACCGACUCAGGGCUCGGAGCAGAUCAGGACUACGCGUACUCUUCGGAGAGCCGGCGAGUGGAAACUGAUGUAAGGCCCAUGUCUGUCGGGUGCAGGUCCAGCGACAGUGCCAAGUGCGGAGCUGGAGGAUCUUCACGGACGGCGCCUGUGAGUAGGCAGUGGGCGAUGGGCGAGGCUGGUUUGCGGGAGGCGCGGGGCGCGGGCGGGGGUGGCGGUGGCGCGGUCACUCGCCGGCCUCCUGCGGCUCCGGGGCGCGCGCGCGCCUCCGUGUCGGGCUCGCAGCGCUCGCUGCUGUCGGUGGCCAGCGACUCAGCCACCGCGCGCCGCCCCCGCGACCUCGCGCCGCGCUACCCUCACCCAGCCGACGGGGGCUUUUCUCUCUUCAGACAUGCUAGCAACAACAACAUAUUGGUGGGCGAGAGCGGGUCGCUGGCUCGGCGGUACGCGCGGCCGACGCGGGAGUCGCGCGACCACAACGCGAACGUGGCGCGCACGCACUCGCGGCUCGCGCACCACCGACACGACAACACCCUCGACAUUAUCCUUAAACCUCUCAUAGAAAGCACGCAGCUGCAGAGCAACUGAGUACGGCAAACGAAGCGACAUCUGGUGUCAGUAGCGGAGGUGACACACCUGGCAACGGAAACAAACCUGCCGGCGCUGCUGAAAUGAGCACAGAACUAUAAACGAUUCCAAAUUUUUGUUAUCAUUCUAGUUUCUAUUAGACAAAAAAAUUAGGUCACCAUUUAUUUAAGAAAUAUCUUUUUAAAUGAAACAGAACGUUUUAAGUAUUUCUUAUUUUUCUCUUAAGAAAUAAAAGUGUUCUUAUUUUGAGAGAAACAGUCAUGACAAUCGUUGGUAAUUGGCCUAAUUUCAUUGUCCACAAUUAUAGUUCAAUUCGUUUUUAUUGUAAACGGCUAUUAGGUACUCAUUUCCAUCUUUCUAUGAUCGAUAAUACUCACGGUAAUAUUAAUUUAUUAUCCUGACGUGUUAUUUUCAUGUUAUAUAGUUAAAAUUGGGUUUUUGAAAAACCCCAACCUUAGGCUAUAGUUCAACAGUAUUUUUAUAAAACCUUUUAUAAUAAUGACAUAGGUUAAUCAUCGAUAUUUUGGAGUCAAUCAAAGAUUCAUCCUGUAUAUUCAAAUAGUCUCAUUUUAGUCGAAUAUUUUUCUGAAAUAUGAAUAAAAAUGUAGUUACAAUUAAUAGGUACUAAAGAAAAUAAUGUAGAAGUUUGAAACUUAUUAUUGUUUUCAGUUACUUUAUUUCAUAUUUUAUUUCAAAUGUAAAUAAUAUUUUUAUUUUGUAAAUAAAUCUUUAAAAUUGUGUCUUCGUAAUAUUUCAAUGUGAAAGCAGCAUAUUUAAAUAACAAAAGUAUCUUGUGCCAAAGAUUUUGUGAAGGAAAAAUCAGUUACGGAUAAUUGUUUAUAUUUCUUUGUGAAUUAGGAAACAAUUUAUCACCAAGUUUACCAUUUCACAUAGAUACCAACUUCGAAACGUACGUGUGAGUUUAUAACUUUGUUAUUACCUCCACUUAUAAAAAAAAGAACAAGUCGAAAAUCUACCAACUUUAAGAAAAUAAUUACUAUAUCGGAUAUUUAUUUAUUCAAUCGUUUACAACGGGUAUUAAUUAACGUAUUUUACCAUUCUCAUUAUUAUAAGUGAUCGACGUACACAAAAUCUUGUACAGUUGUUAUGUAGCUUAGUGUUAACAAGGUAAUUUAGUCUCUAGUUGCUAAAGUAACUGUCUAUUGAAAACAGAAAACAAUAAACACAAGUUUAAGGUCCAAAAUACAAUGUCUCUUUGUCACAAAAUCUACAGAAACGAGCAAAGGAACUGAGUAAAGUAUGAUUUUAAACAAAAUUCAUGGAUUUAUAAAAAUAGUUUGCUUAACAUUUUCAUGUGAAAGUUUGAAAUUUUCCGACCGAAGCGAGUCACUUUUACCUUUUUGCAAUGUCGCAUGUUGAGCUGGCAUUACCAAGCGACUGCUAUCGGGUGCCACUUAAGGGCGCGUAUGGGAAUGUGAGGGAAGGGUUGCAAGGAUCGUAUACCUUAGAACUCAGAGUACACUUUACGCGCCCUAUAAAAAGACUCAUUCAAUAAAAGAAACUAACAGUUACACCAUUAUAUUAAAUUGUCUCCUCCGCUGUAAAUAAUCCUAGAUAAUUAAGAUGUAAAUAAAUUUCAAUAUUACGCAUCGAUAUGCUCAGGUUUCGAUACAACAUUGUAGCUAUCUUACCUGCAGCCAAUUCUCAUGUCAGCUGCAGUACAUCCGAACUCCCAUGAUAUGUAAUUGAUACUCCCGAAUGAUGCGAUUAGUCGGUCAAAUUGUGUAUUGUCAAGACUGAUAAGAUUGCGACUGUAUUGCUACUCACACAAUUUUUGUAACCGAUUAUAACAGUUUGUAUGUAUUUUUUCAAAAUCGUUUCGAUUGUUCGCAUUAAACGAUCUAUAUCA